UAUAUGUUAAGUGACACAAAUACUUAUUUUUGAGAGAUGUACUAAGGAGUUUGAGAAAGAAAAUGCCUUUUGCAGGAGAACCUUGAUAUUCUACUCUUUGCACGAAUGGUUUUGAGAAACACACACUGUUUUGAAAAAUUUAAUUCUGAUGUGGGAAAUGUAACAAAAUGACUGCGAGCACAGGAAAAUACUUGUUUGGGAAGACAAGAGCUGACCCGAAGAAAGGGUAAGUCACAUGAGCGUGAUUUCCAAUUUUUCGACAUUCUCAGUUGUGCUGGUAUUGAGUAACCGAAACGGUUGACACCGGUUAGCUGUUUAAAAAGAGGAGCAGCCUUUAGAAGCAACUGGAAGAAACAUUUGUAUCUCACUAAGGUGUAACAAUGAAAACUGCGGUGUGUGCCGUUCUCCUCUUGCUGGCUUUUUCUCAAGGCCAAUCUUUCCGUCAGUGCAUGAACAUGGCUGUGUGUCAGGGCUACAUCAAAACACCCGGCGCAUUCGCUAAUUGCUGCAGCACAGACCUCUGCAACUGAACGCCUUGACUAGCAGUCACUUUGCAAAACGCUGUUUGCUUUUUGCUCAUCUCACAUGCAAAUAAAGGCUAUUUCCUCUGAGUGGAAACAAUUAUUUCAAGUAAUUUGCCACCUCACGCCUAGAUAGAUCAGUAAAGAGACUAGUUAGAAACAACUUAGUGUGAUUUUUGCAGUAAAUAUCUCAAUUCUACACUCCGCCAGGUUUUUGUGCCUUAAAAAAAUACACUAAGAUUUAUCAUAUUAAAUUAGAAAGGAAAAAACACAAUGAUCAUCAAAACAAGCAGAUCCAAAGCCAUAAUGAUCGAAAUUUCCUGAAUCGUAUUGCCAACUGCAUUAGUUGGAUAUACCCCACACCAGAUUGGCACCCCACAAACUUUACCAACUAGGUCUGAAAAUCUAACAAUAACCACUUCAUGGCAUCACUCACUACUCUGUUCACAUGCAUCAGUUCAUGCGAUCCACCCCAUGCAGCAAAUAGUUGGAUGGACCUUUUUCAGUUACUUUAAGGAUUUUGAAAUAAUACUAAUUCAGUAGUACAUUAGGUGAUGUUUUUUUGUGAAUAACCAGAAACCCAAAGAAACCUUACUUGACAUUUGGUGACGGCAAUCCUAGUACUACGCACUCCAAUAAACAGCAUGGAGAGAACCAACCGUCUUGUUUUACGAGGUGAACCACAUUGACUGGGGCUUCCCCUAAUAGCGAGACCCCAGGAAACAUGGUGGAAACAACCAUCUGGAGCCUGGAGCUUGAGAUUCCCACCAACAUUUACGAUUUGUAUAUUACAUGCACGGCGGUCCUGACAUACUGUAAGACAUUUCAAUGCUACAAAUUCAAUUCAUACAACUUGAGUCGCCCAUCUAUGCUAAUCUCUCUGAAUGUGUUGCGGAUCUGAUUCUUUCUAGUUAGGGUCAAGGGUAAAACAUUAUUCCAUGUUUUUGUCAUAACACAUUUUUAAUUUUCAACCUCAGCCCUCUAAUGAGCAAAUGCAUUUUAUGAUACUGUUCAUAUGUCUCCCUCAUUAAGACAAGUGUUGUAAAACACGUGCUAGUGGAAUCCCAGCAUGAGAGCGCAAGUUUGAAGUAGCAAGGCAACGUUGGCUCCUCGUAAGCACAGCGGGACGUUCGGCAGCUCAAGCGAGCCUCAUAUUAUGCCCCUGACCUGCAGAGGAUUUCCUCAGAUUUUCCAAUGCAUCAUUUUCCUUCUUGCCUCUGGGACAAGAAUGCAGGCUACUGUGCCACAUAGGAACCUGCUCGUCCUCCUCUUUGUCUCUGGUGUAUGUACCAAAAAGCUCCUUCAAGGUUCCAACCAUGACAGCAAGGAUGGGAUGGCCUGGCUUGAGACUUUUCCGAGGGCGAGGUGCACGUCCCGCUGCUUGAGUUUGCACAGCGUGGCAACACUGCAGAACAAUGGAUCAUUAUUCUGGUGUCGUAGUCAUAAAGAGUGCGCAAAGUGCCUGAAUCCCUGUCUAGACGCUUGGUCCACAAAAACCAAGAGCAAUUGCAAAGAGUCAUGUGAGAAAUCGUUUCCCGUGGGCCACUGGGAAUGUGUGGCCAGCUGUGAGUUCCUCCAGACGUUGAUGAAGGUGAAGCAAGGUGGCUGUCCACCUCCGAACAGGGCCACUGGCUUCGCGGCUGCCUGCGUGGACGGCUGUGAUCGCGAUGCACAAUGUCCAGCUCAGAAGAAGUGCUGCUCCAACGACUGCGGUCACACAUGCCAGUCUCCACAAGACCUUUACAAGGGGGCUCCUCUGAAACCAAGAAAGGAAAUGAACUUUGAGGAGGUUCUCCUUGGCCAUCUGGAGGUGCACUGGUCCUGCAGGUUCAAUAUCUCAGCUGAGCCUGUGGUCUACAUCCUGCAGACAAGGUGGAACUUUGGCAUUCAACCCAAUGAUGAUGCUGCUGUUUCCUGGCAUGUGGUUACACAGACCACAGAGCACAAAGCCCGUUUGAACGACAUCCGACCUGGCCGCUGGUACCAGUUCAGAGUUGCAGCUGUCAAUACUCAGGGAACUCGAGGUUUCACCACUCCUAGUCGACACGUUCGUUCCAGCAGAGAGCCGUCUCGUCCUCCCGCACCAACUGAGCUAAAAGCGACCAACAUAACCUUUGCUUCGGUCGACUCGGUGAGGGUCACACUACACUGGAGCAUGCCUGGAGACCUCGAUGUCCCUGUUCACCACUACAGGGUCAGCUGGAGCUGGACUGCUAUUGGUCAACCCUCCAUUUCCUCCUUAGCCAAGAGGAGGAAACUAGUCAGUGAGAGGUGGGCCAUCCUAGAGGGCAUGCGGUCCAACCGGACGUAUUCCGUGAAAGUACAGGCUGUAUCCUACUUUGAGCAAAUCCAGCUGAAAGGACCUCGAGCUAUCGUACACGUCAGCACUCAGCUCAAUGCAAAGGCCCAACUAAAAUCCUCCGCGGCUGACAGCAUUCAUGUGGGGACACCGUUCUUUCAAAAUGGACAGCUUCAGGUUCACAUUUACUGGCAGAGCAGCACAGACCCUUCAGUUGAAUACUACAAAAUCCAGUGGGUGCCAGAGUAUUGUGAGCACAAACAAAACACAGUGAGAGAGAAGACCAGCACACAGGAAACCUUCGCCACCCUGCAGGGUUUGCUCUUCUCCUGUAAAUACAAAGUCUUACUGCAGCCUGUCAGCAGGACCAGUCGGCCGCUAUCCAGGAGCAUCUGUUUCCGGACGCCUUCCUGUUCUGCCAUCCAAGCCAAGAGUCCAAAACCCAUGGCCUGUAAUGGAGAAAGACUGACUCCUCAGACGGCUUUGAUUGAGCCAACCAACCUGACUGUUUCCUUCAAGCUACGUGGUGGUAACCUGUCUGCCAUGUUUAACUGGGAUGUGUCAGCUGGACCAUCUCGACGUCAUCUAACUGGCUAUCAGGUGACUCUGGUGGAGAUCACGUCAACCAGCCAAUAUGACCAAUCCCAGAUCUUAACCCCGGACAUUAAUGUUCUGGAAGUUUCUGACCUACACCCUGGCAGUGUCUACAAGUUGGAUGUCCAGGCCCUCACUGCAGAUGGUGAAAGUCCAGCCAUCAGCAGAACCUUCCAGACUCCAGGAUUCCAACAUGUGUUAAGGCAUAGAAAAUAUGAGUGAUAAUCCAGCAAGAUGGGCAACAUGGCAACAAUUAGCCAGCCACUGACCUGACAACCAAUUGUAAUGCAGGACAUAGUCUCCCUAGUUCUAAGGGUGACCUUAAGUAUAAGCUCCAGAAAUGCAACAGUCAAAUAAUUUCUUCCUUCCAUCUUUCCAAGUUGAAUAGCUUAUAUCGUAAAACGGUGAAUGAUAGUUCAUGUUAAUUAUUUCUAAGUUGUGUAAAUUAUGUACAUAAUAUUUUCCAUCUAGAUGUGUCCACUAAACCUUGGGAUAGCUAUUGUACAGAUUCAGUAGAGAACCAAAUAUAUCCUAUGCCCACGUUUAGUGCAUGCAUUCUAGGA